AAAGUUUUCCUGGAGGACUUUUGGCGGCGGCAGCGGCGGCAGAGGCAGCAGCGGCGGCGGCAACCGGAGCGGGCCAUGGACGCGCUCAAGUCGGCGGGGCGCGCGCUAAUCCGGAGCCCCAGUCUGGCCAAGCAGAGCUGGGCGGGCGGCCGGCACCGCAAGUUGCCAGAGAACUGGACGGACACUCGGGAGACACUGCUGGAGGGCAUGGUUUUUAGCCUCAAGUACCUUGGUAUGACAUUGGUGGAGAGGCCCAAGGGUGAGGAGCUGUCUGCAGCUGCUGUCAAAAGAAUCGUGGCUACGGCCAAGGCGAGCGGGAAGAAGCUGCAGAAGGUGACACUGAAGGUGUCACCCCGGGGGAUCAUCCUGACUGACAGCCUCACUAGCCAACUCAUUGAGAACGUGUCCAUUUACAGGAUCUCCUACUGCACCGCAGACAAGAUGCAUGACAAGGUGUUCGCGUACAUCGCCCAGAGCCAGCAGAACGAGAGCCUGGAGUGUCAUGCGUUCCUCUGCACCAAGCGGAAAGUGGCACAAGCUGUCACCCUCACUGUAGCCCAAGCCUUCAAAGUUGCCUUUGAGUUUUGGCAGGUGUCCAAGGAAGAGAAAGAGAAGAGAGAGAAAGCCAACCAGGAGGGAGGAGACGUCCCAGGGACCCGACGUGACAGCACCCCCUCGUUGAAAACCUCGGUCGCUACUGGGAACCUGCUGGAUCUGGAAGAGCUGGCUAAGGCCCCGUUGUCCACAGUCAGCGCUAAUACUAAGAACAUGGACGACGCACUGCGGCCUCAAGUCUUGGGCAACAACAGCGUCGUCUGGGAGCUGGAUGACGGUCUGGAUGAAGCGUUUUCAAGGCUGGCGCAGUCACGGACAAACCCUCAAGUCCUGGACACUGGACUGACAGCACAGGAUAUCCAUUACGCACAGUGCUUAUCGCCCACUGACUGGGACAAGCCUGACAGCAGUGGCUUUGAUCAAGACGACGUCUUCAGCUUCUGAGGGCCUGAGGCUGGCAGUACACGGCUGGCCUAGCCAUGUGGUGGACCACCAGCCACCUGCAGCAGGACAACCAGCCCCAGGAGCCAUCAGCUGCCUUUGGCCAGUGGCGUCAGAGCCUGCAGAUUUGAGUUGCACAGUCACGCAGGGAGAGGGGUUAGAAAGAUGCCUGGGGUAUCUGGUUGAUGACUCCUGGUUUAUGCUCGGAAACCAGGUUCAAUUCAGGUGCUCAUGGUGUGUGCAGGGCAGGGCUGGCCUCCUGGCCUCUCUCCUGGAGCCAGUAUCCCCGCUGUGGGUGUCCAGACAAUGACCAAAGUGUUGCUUGUUCCUCUUCUCUGGGGCAUCCUUACUCCUGAAGCAGUAGGAGCCUGUCGUUCUUUGUGUGCUGGAUGGGACAUGGCUUUCAGGAAAGUCGGGGUCCUCAAGCUCGGCUUCCUCAGGGCUGAGAAGCUGAGGCUUUCAAAGAGGCAGCCCCUGACCAAAGACAUUUAAUCUGCACUUUAACUCUCACGUAAUGGACGUAAUGGACGUGGUUCGAGGUCCGUGAUGGUGCUCUAGGAGUAGAGUUUGCUUCCUGCCCUCCCUCCACAAGAGGGCCCCAGUCCCUGACAUGGUCCACAUAGUGCUAGGACCUAGUGUACCAGCUGACUACGACUCCAGAGUCACUGCAACCAUAGGGAUCUCCUUUGUGGCUCCUGGGAGCCCCCAAAACAGACAAAGCUGGGCCUGCUCUUCUGUCUUGUCUGUAUGUCCCUGUGCGUGCUCCGUUUUCUGCCUCCCCAUAACUCCUGGGACGAUACCGAAGCCUGGUACUAGGUUGUGGCAGGAUAUUUUGCAUCCAUUUUACAGAUAAAGAAACUGAGGCAACACGUUGGGGUGGGGGGCGGUGGAGUUGAGAAUAGAACCCAGAUCUGAUACCAAAGCUGCCGUCUGUGCUGCCGCCUUGCAGCCCACGCCUCUUUCUCUCCGGCUUUGUUGUCCUCCCAGGAACCAGAACGCCCCAGCUAUUUUCUGACCAAAAUGUGUUUCAUAACAAACCGUCUGGUGCCUUUCCACACAGCGCUGGCGCAGGCCGCCAUGCCCUGCUAGCUGCUACGUGGCUGACUUCUGUGCAGAUGUGUUUGGAAGUCUGUUAAUUCCCUGGGUGAAACAGAAUCCUGCUCUAGAAACACCUCGCUGUCCUUUCCUGACCUGCAGCCUUAGAGGUCCCUCAGCCCUAGCUGGUGGUGGUUGGGAGGUCCAGUGGUGAGCUUCCCUUAGUCUCUCUUUUCUCCCUUCGCUGUUACGCAGGCUCUGGCAUCCUGAACCACAGCCAAAUCACAACCAUCUUUCCAUCCCAAGGAGCCCCCAGUGGCCGGCCGGGCUUGUGAAAGCAGGUCUCAGUAUCCCCGGGAAAAACACACUCUUCCUGAGUGGCUGAGUCAAACCCGUGCCUUGGGGAGGGCACUUGGAGAAUUCCGGCUAGAAUAAAGGUUGCUAGCUCCCUUUCCGGCCAGCUCCGGGGCCUGCUCCCAGCCCAGGCGGCGGGGGUCCGGGCGCAAGGGGGGCUACUGUGCUUGCUGCCGGUGCUGCUGUGUGAGGCUGGGGCUUCUGAGUAGGAAACAAUAAAUGUUCUCUUUCUAAGUGUGAGCACCGCCUGGGGUGCUGCGGGUGACAAAGGGCAGGGUCGUCAUGGCUUCUGCCCUCCGUGAUGGGGGCAGCAGUUAUGUCAAGAGACUGGGGUAGGCUGCUGCACCAGAAUGGAGGGUGAUGGCAGGUCCCCAGUUGGUGGGCCAGCAGGGUACCUUUCUUUCUCUGUAGACUGCCAUUGUGACAAGGUCGCUGUUGGGUGAUGUGAGACCCCGCCAGUGGGCCAGCACAUAAGCGCUCACUGUUUCUAACUGUGUGUUCUAGUCAGGCCUGAACCCCUGAGACACGAGUGUGAGAGUGAGUGUGCCCAUGUGUACCCCUUCCCAGGGCUGGUGGUAUCCCCAUGCCUCUCCAGUGACUCAGACUUUUAGGUUUACUCUGCUACUCAAGUUUGGACCAGGGCUCCGUGCUAGGAAUUUGAAUUCAAGUUGUGUGGCUUUGUGUUGAAGGGGGACAGAGGCAAAGGAAUGGGUGGGUGGAGUCCUGUGACUUAAGACAUCCAAAGUCCAGCUACUGCUAUGGGUCAGUUACCUAUUUCCUUGAGCCUCAGUUUUCCUGUCUGUAAACAGGGUACAGCAGUCUCCUGUGCCUAUGUUCCUGGGGUUUUAUGAGACCAUUGCCCUUUAACACAUGAUUGGCAGUACCUAUCCAGUGGCUCAAAGGUUUUCUCA